GGUGGUCUGCUGACCGGAUGGGAAAACUUUCUUCCUUCGUUUUUCUCUCACACUGUCUGACAACUGGAGUUUGAUAUAUUGGGUCCGUUUUUUUCUGUUAAAACGGUUUGUUUUGAGUGUUAUUACGCGCCACUGUUAAGGGCGCGUAAUAGUGAGUCAUGAAGUGAUCUGAACAAUUUAUCUGGAGUUUGUGGUGUUUGACUAAAACUCGUCAUGGGGAACCGCGGGAUGGAGGAGUUGAUUCCCCUCAUUAACAAACUGCAGGACGCCUUCAGCUCCAUCGGCCAGAGCUGCAACCUCGAGCUGCCGCAGAUUGCUGUGGUGGGCGGCCAGAGCGCCGGGAAGAGCUCGGUGCUGGAGAACUUCGUGGGCAGAGACUUUCUUCCGCGAGGAUCCGGCAUCGUCACUCGCAGGCCUCUGAUUCUCCAGCUAGUCAACAGCAAAGCGGAAUACGCAGAGUUCCUGCACUGUAAGGGCCGUAAGUUCGUGGACUUUGAUGAGGUUCGGCUAGAGAUCGAGGCCGAGACGGACCGAAUCACUGGAUCCAAUAAGGGAAUCUCUCCAGUGCCCAUCAACCUGCGCGUUUACUCACCGAACGUCUUAAAUCUGACGCUGAUUGAUCUUCCCGGCAUGACGAAGGUGGCGGUGGGAGACCAGCCGACGGACAUCGAGUUCCAGAUCAGAGACAUGCUGCUGCAGUUCAUCUCCAAAGAGAACUGCCUGAUCCUGGCCGUCACACCCGCCAACACUGACCUCGCCAACUCUGACGCGCUGAAGAUCAGCAAAGAGGUCGAUCCUCAGGGUCUUCGCACCAUCGGCGUGAUGACCAAACUGGAUCUGAUGGAUGAAGGAACGGAUGCCAAAGACAUCCUGGAGAACAAGCUGCUGCCGCUGCGCAGAGGUUAUAUUGGUGUGGUGAACCGCAGUCAGAAGGACAUCGACGGCAGGAAGGACAUCCGAGCCGCUCUGGCUGCCGAGAGGAAGUUCUUCCUGUCCCAUCCAGCGUACAGACACAUAGCGGAGCGGAUGGGCACGCCUUACCUGCAGAAAACACUCAACCAGCAACUGACGAAUCACAUCCGUGACACUCUGCCGGCGCUGCGCAGUAAACUACAGAGUCAGCUGCUGUCACUGGAGAAGGAGGUGGACGAAUACAAGAAUUUCAAACCGGACGACCCGACGCGAAAAACCAAAGCACUGCUGCAGAUGGUGCAGCAGUUUGGCGUAGACUUUGAGAAGCGGAUCGAGGGCUCUGGCGAUCAGGUGGACACGCUGGAACUCUCCGGCGGAGCGCGAAUCAACCGCAUCUUCCAUGAGCGCUUCCCUUUUGAGCUAGUUAAGAUGGAGUUUGAUGAGAAGGAGUUGAGGAGAGAGAUCAGUUACGCCAUCAAGAACAUUCAUGGAGUCAGGACGGGGCUGUUCACCCCUGACCUGGCCUUUGAGGCCAUAGUGAAAAAGCAGGUUGUUAAACUGAAGGAGCCGUGUCUCAAGUGUGUAGACCUGGUGGUGUCUGAACUCGCCACGCUCAUCCUUAAGUGCACCGAGAAGCUGAACUCGUAUCCUCGGCUGAGAGAAGAGACGGAGAGAAUCGUCACCACAUACGUCAGAGAGAGAGAGAGCAAAACUAAAGACCAGGUGAUGCUGCUGAUCGACAUCGAGCUCUCCUACAUCAACACCAACCAUGAGGACUUCAUCGGUUUUGCCAACGCGCAGCAGCGGAGCGCGGCAGUCAGUAAGAAGAGGGCAAUGCCCAACCAGGUGAUCAGACGCGGUUGGCUCACCAUCAACAUCAGCAUCAUGAAGGGCGGAUCCAAGGACUACUGGUUCAUCCUGACCGCAGAGUCUCUGUCCUGGUACAAGGACGAGGAGGAGAAAGAGAAGAAGUUCAUGCUGCCUCUGGAUAACCUGAAGCUCAGAGACGUUGAGAAAGGGUUCAUGUCCACCAAACACACCUUUGCCAUCUUCAACACCGAGCAGAGGAACGUGUAUAAAGACCUGCGUCAGAUCGAGCUGGCCUGCGACUCUCAGGAGGACGUGGACAGCUGGAAAGCAUCGUUCCUGCGGGCGGGAGUCUAUCCGGAGAAAGACCAGGCGGAGAACGAGGACGGCGUCCCGGCCGACUCUCUCUCCAUGGACCCUCAGCUGGAGCGGCAGGUGGAGACCAUCCGAAACCUGGUGGACUCCUACAUCGGCAUCGUCAACAAGAGCAUCAGAGACCUCAUGCCCAAGACCAUCAUGCACCUGAUGAUCAACAACGCGAAGGAGUUCAUCCACUCGGAGCUGCUGGCGUAUCUGUACUCGUCCGGCGAUCAGAAUAGUCUGAUGGAGGAGUCGGCCGAACAGGCGCAGCGGCGCGACGAGAUGCUGCGCAUGUAUCACGCGCUUAAAGAGGCGCUGCACAUCAUCGGUGACAUCAGCACCAGCACCGUGUCCGCGCCGGUGCCGCCUCCCGUGGACGACACCUGGAUCCACACCGACCCCAGUCCUCCAUCUCAGCGUAAGCCGUCCUCAGGCACGGCUCCGCCCCCUGGUCGUCCCCCUGCAGUGCGAGGCCCCACCCCUGGCCCACCGGGCCCACCUCCUCUUAACCCCUCCCCUGCGUUUGGAGCUCCGCCCGUUCCAACCAGGCCCGGCCCGCCUCCAGUCAGCUCUAAUGCUUUUGGGAGUGGUGCUCUGGAUCCAAUGGUGGCUCCGCCCCCUCAGGUGCCGUCUCGCCCCGCCCGUGUGCCGCCCUCUCUGCCGCCCGGCAUACCCAGCAGGAGACCUCCAGCAGCUCCAAACCGGCCCACGAUCAUCAGACCGUCAGAACCGUCUCUGCUGGACUGAGGAGAGAGACUUCCAACACAGACGACACCAAAGGAACCACCAACACACACACACACGUGCAUAUAAGGGCUCAACUCAAAGUUUGAUUGACGUGGUUUUUGAUACACUUCAAGUAGUAAUAAGAUUUUUUGAAUCAUUUAAAUAAGCAUUUCUGCAUAUAUAUAUAUGUUUUGUAGAAUUUCAGGGAACUUCAGAAAUUGUUGGGAGGACAAGCAACACUUUAAAUGUGACAUCAUACAUCGCCGCAGGUCCGUUCAUUUCACAUGAGAGUGACGUUUACAGACGACCGAACCUCGACUUGUUUGAUCAGCGCCUGAAGACUGAACUGACAGCAUUAAUAGUCUUUAACACUCCGUUUUCUGUUAUUUUUGUAUAAAUGCUUCAGUUUCCUGAUGAUGACACUAUGGUGGGAAUCACAUGAUAUUCUUUAGGGUUCAGUGCUUUUUAAGCUCUGAUGCCAUAUUAUCUGCCGCUGUAGUUGAUAGUUCAAACGACACACUAAACAUCUCAAAAACCUCGUCGUUUAUAAACGAAUACUAAUGAGUGUUCAUUAACAGUGUUCUGUGACACUAUAAAACACUUAAUUCUGAACCUGAUGAGUGUUUUGCCUUAAACCAUUUCAUGAAACAAUUCUAGAUAUUAAUACUUGUUUUCAGAGAAUAAAUCUUGAGGUUUUAGUUGACUUAUGUUCACAUCAGCUGAAAAUGAGUCUUAUUCAGCUUCAAUUCUCAACUACAUCUUGUUUUAUGGAUGUUUAGAUGUUUCUACUUGAAAAUGAAUGCUUUUAUAUGGUGUAUGACUAACAGGAGGUUGAAACACUGAUCUCUUCCCUUUUUUGGUUUUUCACUUCUUCAUAUAUCUUCUCUUUUUCAUGACGUUUCGCAAGAACUGCGAACAAAAGCAUAAGUAACCUAAAUGCAAUGAUUAUUAUCAAUAAAAGGGCAAUUUGUUUAGCUUUUGCUUUGAUGUUUAGUCUUGAAUGUAACGGAUGUGUCAGUCUUAAAAAUUAUUGACAUGAAACUUCCUUUUUGACACAUUUCCAAAUAAAACCGAAUAUUUAAUUGUCA